AUGGCUGCCGCUUCCUCCGCAGAUACUGCAGGUCAGCUAGGAGUCGGAUUUUCCUGCAUUCCCACUUCUCAUCAAAACAGAACGUCGACCCAUCUGUUUGCCGCGCCUCACAUUGCAAUGAGUCGCCACCUUCCGACUUCUUUUGACGAUAUCGCGUACAGGGGAGUGCCGCAGUAUGACUACGGCAGGGUGUUGGGAAACGGGUCUUUUGGCAUCGUGUGUGAGGCUCACUCACUCGAAACUGGGGAGCAAGUUGCCAUUAAGAAAGUUCUACAAGACCCUCGGUACAAAAAUCGUGAAUUGGAUGUGAUGAAGGAGUUACACCACCCAAAUGUUGUCAUGCUGAAAGACUAUUUCUAUGCUGAAGUUCCAAACAAUCCAGACCGAGGGCAAAGGUAUUUGAAUGUUGUCAUGGACUACGUUCCUGACACGGUAUACCGCGUUAUGAGACGUUUACCCCGCAACAAUCAAUGUCUACCCAUGCUUCUUGUCCGUCUCUACGCCUACCAAAUGUGUCGGAGUUUGGGGUAUCUGCACAGUUUGGGGAUUUGCCAUCGGGAUAUCAAGCCACAGAACCUGCUUGUGGACUCAAGAACUCAUGUUUUGAAAUUGUGCGACUUCGGAUCAGCUAAACGACUCGUUCCUGGAGAACAGUCUGUGUCCUAUAUUUGCAGCCGCUUCUACAGGGCCCCCGAGUUGAUGUUAGGAGCCACGGAAUAUACAACAGCUAUAGAUAGGUGGUCAAUUGGGUGUGUAUUGGGAGAAAUGCUGCUCGGUCGGCCGCUCUUUGCAGGAGAAGCGUCCGUCGAUCAGCUUGUUAAAAUUAUACAAAUUUUAGGAACACCAUCUCGCCGACAAAUGUAUUCAAUGAAUCCCAAUUAUACCGAAUUUCGCUUUCCAGAACUGCAGCCCAAAGAUUGGCGGUCUGUUUUCUCUCCUGUUCCGGGCUCUGGAGUCCUUGUAACGGAUGAUGCGUUAGAUCUUCUUGACAAGCUUCUCAAAUUCGAUCCGACGGAACGACUCACACCCUUUGAAGCCCUCGCUCAUCCGUUUUUUCGACCCUCUCAGACAAAUCGGCUCUUGGUAGAUCCAAUUAUCUCCAGUAGUCCGGUUAUAUUGUCAGACUCUAGUCCCAAUUAUAUCCAAUUAUCUCCACUAGUCCGGUCAUGUUAUCAGACUCUAGUCCCAAUUAGAUCCAGUAGUCCGGUUAUAUUGUCAGAAUCUAGUCCCAAUUAUAAUCCGCAGGUUGGUGUUGAAACGUUUGAUUCACUAAUUUAUGGAUUGCAAUCCUUUCGUUCUACAUUCGGAUGUGUAACGGAUUGUCCAGUAGAAGGAUUUUACUAUGAUGUUGUUAUCGAAUAUGCGUCCCAAUAUGGAUUGUCUGGUGAAAUUGUGGGGAAUACGACAACAACUCCAACACCAACUACAACAACUACAUCACCUAUCCCGUCUGCUGGCAACAUCAUUUUCAUUUCUGCUGCCAUUGGAGGGGCGGCUCUAAUCGCUGCCACCGCAGCAACAAGCAUGAUAGCGCUUACAAAAGCUUCACAACCAACCGUUCAAAUGGCGUCUGGCGAGUUUGACCUAGAGUUUGACUUUGAGGCUGAAGAAGACAGCACGCGUCCGACAGUAGUGGCCAUCAGAUGA